AUGGCGGACGCGCGAUUCCAGGCUUCGCAGCUCUAUAACUUGGAGCUGGACGUCAUGCAUCUUCAACAGGAGAUCCAACGCUUGGCAGAGUAUCAGCAUAUUCUUGACGCCCGCACUUUCAAUCGUCGUGAUGCGCUGGAUGGCUACUACGUCAAGACAGUGCAAGAGUACCACCGUGUAUUUGAGAACGGCUAUCGUCCAGGCUCCCCGCUUGAUGCGACUCAGUACGUUAUGCAAACUAUGGACGAGAACCUGAGUAUCGGUGGGUUUGGCGGACGUGGCGUGAUGCUGCAUCAGUGGGAACAAUACACAAAGGCGCUCUCCGGACUCGAAUUUCACUACCUGCGCUCUCAAGUCCUCUCGAUGGAAGGACGCACGGUCGUCACGUCCUAUGCCAGCUACAAACACAUCGUAACACGAGACACUGUGGAGGUCAUGUUCCCUGAAGCACUACGACAAUAUCCACGCAUUGUGACGAAGAUGUUGGGGCGUGUGUUCAAAGGCGUCGGCAAGUUUGACUUCGUCUUUGACACGCAGACGCACAACAUUAUCUCGUUUGACUUCGAACUAGACUUCCUCGAAGAGUUUUCUCGUUUGCUUCAGGACCCGCGCGAUCUUUGUGCCAUUUUCAAAGGAGCAAGGAUCACCGAGGAAUGUCUGAUUGGGGACGUUACCGGCUACGGGGAGGUCACGUCGAGUCCAAACGCUGGUACAAUUGCGACAGCUAAAGUUGAGAAAAAGACAGAGGCCAGUUUCGAUACAGAUUUAGAGGAUAAGACGCCUUCAGGGCAUAGCGACGAAGAGUGGCGACAGCCUUCGUUGACUAAUAGGACGGGCAGACGCAAGGAGAUUUGGGAGAAAAUAGGAGUACUUUCUGCCUCCGGUUCUUUUUGUGGGCUUUAUUUCAAUGGUGCACGGACUUUCAAUCGUCGGGAUGCACUGGAUGGCUACUACGUCAAGACAGUGCAAGAGUACCACCGCGUGUUUGAGAACGGUUAUCACCCGGGCGCCUUGCUUGACCCUAACCAAUUCGUUAUCCAAGUCAUGGACGAGAACCUGCGUAUCGGUUUAGAGGACAAGACGUCGCGGAGCUACAGCAACGGAGAGGUCCGACAGCCUUCGUUAACCAGGACGGGCAAGCGCAAGCAAAUUAGGAAGUAA